UGAGACACCUCGGCUUCCCGCAUGCGGUUGUUGUGCCGCCUCUCCCGGUCCCUCUCCGUCUCCUGCAGUCUCUCGACGCGGGCGUCGUACUGGGACUGGAGCUCUCUCCGCAUCGCGUCCACCUCUCUCCGCUGCGUGGAGGCCAUUUGCACCCGCAGGGCGGCAAGGUCACGCUCGCGGAAGGAGUCGCGUUCCGCCUUGAUCUCUUGCCUGCGCUGCUGCCCGCGACUCGCACUCCCGUUGGUAGGCCAGCAUGCGCUCCGUCACAUCUUGCGCAGGGUCGCGCCUUUCGUCCGCGGAGCGCCUCAGCCACGUCUCUCGCACCGCUUCCAAACGAUUCUCCUUGUGGCUGCGCCCCGCCUCGUCCGUCUGUGUGUUGGAGUCAACCACGACAGCGCGAGACCUGGUGGCCACCUCGCCGACAAGUGCCUCGAGCAGGCCGCAGAUACGGUUUCGCUGACGCGAACCCCCCCCGCCGCCGACUCUGGAUGCUGCUCCAGCGUGACCCCCGCUUCCUGCAGCCGGCACCGCCGCCGACGCGUUCGACACCACGGCCGCAUCAGCACCAGCCACCGUCCCCGGCACCGCCGCUGUUUCUCCGUCGCUGCGGCACGCCGGGCCCGCGUCGUUGCCCUCGCCCUCUUCCGCCCGCCUGAUCACGCGUCGGAAGAGGGCGGAAUCGACAGGUAUCGGCAACGCUUGCAGCACGUCUUCUCGAGAGAGCGCCGCCUCAGCCGCCGGAGCGGCACCAGGGCCAGUGCCGACGGCAGCCGUGAUGCUGCAGCUGCUGCUGCUGCCUCCGCCGAGGCCCGACUCCGGCAAGAAGACUGCCAGAGAUUGCAACAGGCCGUUGCUGGCGAGAUGGUCCACCACAAGGCUGAUGAAUUUCGGGAGGCGGGGGGGGUG